CACCGUUGCGUCGUGCAGUCAGGCAGGAUAACUGGACUGGACUCUGUCAUGUCUCUCUUUGUGAUACUGGGACUGCUGGUCUGCAUAGAGGCACAAGAGCCCAGUGCUGUGACUGCUGUGUUUGUGCAGAAGGGAGAGGAUGUGCUUCUGAAUGUAACAAUAGCUGAUGUUUCUACAAAAGAUAUUGUUUUCUGGAGAUUCAAUAAAACAGGUUAUAUAGUACGAUUUUUAGCUGGAACAGAAACAAUCUUUGGUGAUUACCCUGGAAGGAUUGAGGUGCUUGAGAACUACUCUGUGAAAUUGAAGAAUCUACAAGAGGCAGACAGUGGAGUUUAUACUGCAGUAGUGUCUGGGGGUAAAGAAAAACAAAUAACUGGAUACAAGAUCACAGUUCAAGAUCCAGUGUCUCCAGUUAAACUGUCAGUGGACUCUGUGUCUAACAGAUCAGACUGGUGUAACCUGACAGUGAGCUGCAGAGCACAGGACUCUCACAUCAACAGCACCUUUAGAUGUGACACCCACACCUGCAGUCAGGAGGGAGGAGAGAGACCACAGGUCCCACCCUCUGCUGCUAAUCUCCAUGUCUACCUGUCCAAUGGCUCCAUCAUCUGUAACCAUAGCAACCAGGUCAGCUGGAAAAAGGACACAAUUAAAAAUGUCUGCUCCCGACUUGCUGGUCCAGAGAGUGUCUCUGCUGGUGUCUCUGUGUGCCUGCUGAAGACAGCCGUGUUGUCCGUUGGUCUGAUCAUCAUGGUGGCUGCUGUCAUCACUGUUCACCUCAUGGACAAGCUCAAGAAGCACAAAUAAAAACUUAAAGUUAAAGGUACACUGGCAGCUUUUGACCAUUAAUAGCACUAUGGAGCAGUUUUUUUUUAUGAGUGAGUCCCUGUUUUGUUUGUAUUGUGCAUGCACAAGCCCUCAGAGUGACAUGGUACAUUCCUCCCACUGAUGUCAUGCUGUUCCACUGAUUGACAGUAGGUGGCAGGAACACUCCAGGAAAUGCACCAACAAAGGAGAGGAGGUAGAAUGCUGCAAGCCAGAAAAAGUGGAUGCAAACAAUGUAAGAUUUAAAAAUAUUUGUACAAAAUCUUUGGAAAAUGUAUUUCAACUAAAUUUUUAAAGCUUAAAUGUAUAACUGCAUGUAAAUAUUGUUUAUUUCCAAGAAAACUCCACAGGCCCAUUUUAAGCAAAUGCUGAUGAUACUAGAUUAUCCAUUGAUUAUACCCAAUAAUUACUGUGCUCACUUAGUAAAUAAAAUGAUUGUACGGAGAUGAAGAUACAAGAAUAGCCUUGAUGUAACCCUGAAUGUUAUUAACAAUGUUCUAACAAUAUAUAUGUGUAUGUUUAUAUGUACAGUAUGUUAUUAUAUUUGGUGUACAUACACCAUUAUCCGAGAUUCAUUAAAUAUAUACUCAUCUUAUA